AUGACCAUCGGGGCUAUCUUGAAAUGCACAUCGUAUAGCCUGGCACAGAUGUUCGUUGGCCGUAUCAUUUUGGGAGUUGGAAACGGUAUCAACACAGCCACCGCCCCGAUCUGGCAGACCGAGACAGCACCUGCACAUUGGCGAGGCAAGUUGGUCAUGUUCGAGAUGAUGAUGAACAUCGCGGGCUUCUCCUUAUGCAACUGGAUCAAUUACGGCCUCUCCUUUGCCGGCGGUGCUGUUGCCUGGCGAUUUCCGCUUGCCUUCCAGUUCGUCUUCAUCAUUGCGCUAUUCGCAACGGUGCCUUGGCUUCCUGAAUCUCCCAGAUGGUUGAUGUCACAUGGGCGAGAGGCAGAGGCAACUGAAGUCUUAGCCUGCCUUGAGGCAAAGCCGCAAGAUGACGUGUAUGUUGUUUCGCAGAAGGAAGAGAUCCUCUUCAGCAUAAACUACGAGCGAGAGCAUCAAAUCAGAUGGCGAGAUCUUUUGCGGCCACAGCCUGAGGCGACCAAACCACUCCGACGACUCAUCUUGGGAGCUGGAACCCAAUUCAUUCAGCAGUUCGAGGGACUGCCGACCGAGCUAGCUCGACUGCUAACCGCUGUCAACUCCGUGACCUACCUCAUCUUCUCAUGCGUCUCGAUUACGCUUGUGGAGAAAUGGGGUCGAAGAGGAUUGAUGCUCAUCUCAACUGCAGGACAGGGCUUGUCUUUCCUAGUCAUCACCAUUCUACUUAGAUUCGGUGAGGCGGGAGGCAACCGGAAAGCAGCAGAAGGGUCUAUCGUAUUUUUCUUUUUGUACUACAUUGCUUUUGGAGUGGGCAUGCUGGGGAUUCCUUGGCUUUACCCUACCGAGAUCAACUCCAUCGCUAUGCGUACAAAGGGUGCUGCUGUAGCAACUGCUACAAAUUGGAUCACGAACUAUGUGAUCGUUCAGAUCACACCCAUUGGCAUUCAAAACCUGGGUUGGAAAUUCUGGAUCGUCUUCACUGUCUUGAAUGCCGCCUUCCUACCCGUCAUCUACCUAUUUUAUCCGGAGACAGCAAACCGGACGCUCGAAGAUCUUGACGAGUACUACCGCAACAACCCUCCACUCGUUGUCAUCGGUGAUAAGGAUGCCAUUGGAACCAAAAGACCUCAGAAGUAUGUCGACCACGAGGAAGCUCAAGUGGAACGUGUCGCCCACGAAGACGGCGUCACUGAAGCGGCAGACAAGAAGACAUCACGGACUGAAGCACGUCAUGUGGAGUGA